UUACAAAGCAGAAGAAUCGUUUGAUAAAAUGAAAGCUGUUUACUUGCUCGUUGCCAUCUUGGCUUUCACUUCCUCACUUGUCUCUGCGUAUGAUCCUAGUCCUCUGCAAGACUUCUGUGUGGCAAUCAAGGAACAAGAUGGUGUGUUUGUGAAUGGAGAAUUUUGCAAAGACCCAAAGGCAGUGAAAGCUGAAGAUUUCUUCUUACAUGUGGAACCUGGGAACACCGACAACCCAUUGAAUGCACAGGUGACUCCUGUGGCUGUUGANCAACUACCUGGAUUGAACACGCUUGGCAUAUCUUUGGCUCGCAUUGAUUUUGCACCAAAGGGUUUAAACCCUCCCCACACCCACCCUCGUGCCACUGAGAUCCUUAUAGUUCUCGAGGGAACACUUUAUGUCGGAUUUGUAACCUCAAAUCAAGAUGGAAAUCGGCUUUUCACCAAAGUCUUGAACAAGGGUGAUGUCUUUGUCUUCCCCAUUGGUCUCGUUCACUUCCAACUCAAUAUCGGUUAUGGAAAUGCUGUUGCUAUUGCUGGUCUUAGCAGUCAAAAUCCAGGAACUGUUACUAUUGCAAACGCUUUGUUUAAAGCUGUUCCACCUAUUUCUGUUGAGGUUCUCGCCAGAGCUCUUCAACUCGAUAACAAAGUAAUUGAAGACCUUCAGAGGAGAUCAUGGUACGGCAAGGACUAGUUUCUCUGGGAACAUGCUAGCUCGAUCAUUUCUUAUUCUACGUAUACAAAAUAAUGACUUUCAUGUUUCUCUCACCUCAUAGACCUCCAAAUAAUUACUAAUAUAAUAAAUAAAAUGGAUCUGGGUUGUUUUCUUAUAUUGUAGGAUUGAUUUUGGUUGUAGUUUCAUUUCAUUUAUUCCAACGUUUGUCAAUUUAAUGAAACAAUAUUGUUGCAA